CUGGGCGCCGCCGCCGGUUCGUCUCCGCUUUCCCUCAGCCGCCUCCUUUCAACCUUGUCCGCCCGUCGGUGCGGCCUCCGGUCCCGCGGCGGCGGCUCCCCGUUCCUGCCGCAGCUCUCUCCCCUUCUCCCUCCCCAGCAGGUCCCCGAGUUCGCCCGCCAUGGCUUUACUCACCGCGGCCGCUCGGCUCCUCGGGGCCAAGAAUGCGUCCUGUCUUGUUCUCGCUGCCCGGCAUGCCAGUGCUUCUUCCACAAAUCUGAAAGAUGUAUUGGCUGACCUGAUACCUAAGGAGCAGAACAGAAUUAAGACCUUCAGGCAGCAACAUGGCAAGACAGUAGUAGGCCAAAUCACUGUGGACAUGAUGUAUGGUGGCAUGAGAGGCAUGAAGGGCUUGGUCUAUGAAACAUCAGUUCUUGACCCUGAUGAGGGCAUCCGUUUCCGAGGCUACAGCAUCCCCGAAUGCCAGAAACUGCUGCCCAAAGCUAAAGGAGGGGAAGAGCCCCUGCCUGAGGGCCUGUUCUGGCUACUGGUGACUGGACAGAUCCCAACAGAGGAGCAGGUAUCUUGGCUCUCAAAAGAAUGGGCAAAGAGGGCAGCUCUGCCUUCCCAUGUGGUCACCAUGCUGGACAACUUUCCCACCAAUCUACACCCCAUGUCUCAGCUCAGUGCAGCAAUUACAGCCCUCAACAGUGAAAGUAACUUUGCCCGAGCAUAUGCAGAGGGUAUCCACCGAUCCAAGUAUUGGGAGUUGAUAUAUGAAGAUUGUAUGGAUCUGAUUGCAAAGCUACCUUGUGUUGCAGCAAAAAUCUACCGGAAUCUCUACAGGGAGGGCAGCAGUAUUGGGGCCAUUGACUCCAAGCUGGACUGGUCCCACAAUUUCACCAAUAUGUUAGGCUAUACCGAUGCUCAAUUCACUGAGCUCAUGCGCUUGUACCUCACUAUCCACAGUGACCAUGAGGGUGGCAAUGUGAGUGCCCAUACCAGUCACUUGGUAGGCAGUGCCCUUUCGGACCCCUACCUGUCCUUUGCAGCAUCCAUGAAUGGAUUGGCAGGGCCCCUACAUGGACUGGCAAAUCAAGAAGUGCUUGUUUGGCUGACACAGCUACAGAAGGAAGUUGGCAAAGAUGUGUCAGAUGAGAAGUUACGAGACUACAUCUGGAACACACUUAACUCAGGACGGGUUGUCCCAGGCUAUGGCCAUGCAGUGUUAAGGAAGACUGAUCCACGAUACACCUGUCAGCGAGAGUUUGCUCUGAAACACCUGCCUCAGGACCCCAUGUUCAAGCUGGUUGCUCAGCUGUACAAGAUUGUGCCCAAUGUCCUCUUAGAGCAGGGCAAGGCCAAGAAUCCUUGGCCCAAUGUAGAUGCUCACAGUGGGGUGUUGCUCCAGUACUAUGGCAUGAAGGAGAUGAAUUACUACACAGUCCUGUUUGGAGUGUCACGGGCACUGGGUGUCCUGGCGCAGCUCAUUUGGAGCCGAGCCCUGGGCUUCCCUCUAGAGAGGCCCAAAUCCAUGAGCACAGAGGGGCUGAUGAAGUUUGUGGACUCUAAGUCAGGAUAAAAAUGGAGAAUGAGGGGAAACUAACUACUAGAAAGUGAGGGAACUUAAAAAUGAAUACUUUUUUUGUUUCAUGGGGCCUUUAAAUACUUAAGAUUAAAUUGUAUCUGAGGCACUGAUAAUAAGUUUGAGGUUAAAAUAUAAAUUAAGACCUUAAAAGAUAAAAAGUUGACCCCUUCUUCCCUAACUAGCUCCUUUCCUCUGCCUGGUAAGAGUUGUCCAUCAACUGUAGGAUGAUCAGGACUAAUUAAUGCAUGUGGUAUGAGUUAGGUUUGGCCCCCCCCUUCGCCCCCACCACCGCCGCCAUCCUAGGGUGAGAAUCUGACUCUUCCUCCCCUGAGUCAAAGCCGGUUGCAGAGAAUCUGCAGUCGUGUCAGAGCUUUUGGUUCUACUCUGCCCAACCCUUAAUAGGUCAGCAAAUCGGGAUUCUGCCCUUUGUUUCCAUAGGAAUCAUGUUGGAUUGCCAGCUGUAUACCAAGCCCCUUUGCCGUCUCCCAGGCGCACACACUUCCUAUCGAGACCUGUUGAUUAGCUGGACAUGCUUUGGCUUUUUCUUUUUAUGCUACCAGGUGAUCAUAAAGGCCAUGGCAUUUGCUGUGAUUGGCACCUAAUGUUUGUCUUUUUUAAAUCCUUCCUGCAAGUUAAGGUCUGGGAGUGUUCUAUUCCUCAUUACUUUAGUACUCACACAUUUAGUGAUUAUCUAUACCUGCUGUACCUCAAGCUGAGGAUGCUCUGGACUUUCCCCUUUUGGUUCCUACAGAGACCUCUUUCAGCAGGUUGUACAUACCACUGUCUGGCCUUUGAUCUUUCCCAGUCACUUGACUUUAUCACUUUAUCAGUGCUUAAUGUGAACUAAGCUUUUUACAUCACAGAACACAAACCACUACCCUCUGACCUGGUGUAUUUUUGGUUUUCUUUUCCGCUUUUAAUAUGUUGUGGGCCACAGAAUAGGGACUUGGAAAUGACCAACGUGGUAAAUGACCAACAUGGUAUCUUCACGGUCUGGCCCCAGGAUACCUGCACCUCUUUUUGAGCAGGGAAAUAAUUUAAGAUUAGACAUAGUCUCCUUUGAAUAGCAGGUCCUGGGGUUGAGGGCAUUAAAAAUCAUAAACCUCCCUUUUCAUCCCCUGCCACAAGAAAUUGUCCCUUUAUUUAUCAAGGCAAAUUCCUUGUCCUGACCCUUCCCCAAGAGCUCACAGUACAGAGUCUGUUCUAGAAGCCCAAUUUGCACAGGUUUUCAGUGACUCAGAAUGCUCUAUUGCCUUUUCUUUAAGAAAGGAUUGAAAUACACUCCUGCUGUGCCCCUUCCUCCCUCGCAACCCCUGCCUGUGUUUGUGUGGAUCCCCAAUACCCAGAACCACGCUGUUGAGAUGGACACACUGUAAACCCCUGGAUAACUGUCAAGUCAUGAUGCAGACUUCAGGUUGUUCUGUAUAAAAUGCAAAAUAAAUGUUUUUAUUAACAAUGGUUGGGCUUGCUAUUAUU